CCUUCCGCCCGUCUGUGCCCCGCCUCUUCCCUGGGCCUCGCGCUCCGAUCCCGAGCUGGGCGGGGCUGUUUCCUGAGGCAGGCAGCCACCCAUCGCAGCAGCGCGGCUGUUCCUUGUACUGGCCUCCCCUCCCACCUCAGGCGGGCUGUUCUCUGUACCAGGCGCUCCCCCUGGCGGGAGGGGCGGGGGCAAGGACUGUCCCGGCCGGCGCUGAUCUUAGGCUGCCAUUGGCCGCUGUCUGCGCUGACGUCACGAUCAUGAUGAGAAUUAAUGAUCGGAGGCGCUGAUUUCAUUGUGUGACGCCGGGACCGACCCAGCCGAAACCGGCUGAAUCCGGAGCCCCCCGGACCAACUCCGCCCGCCCCGCAGAGCACGGGCUGGAUCCUGCAUUCCUUGGGCAACCAAAACCUCCAAAUGAAUCUGCGUUCUGUAUUUACUGUAGAACAACAAAGGAUAUUACAGCGUUAUUAUGAAAAUGGAAUGACAAAUCAAAGUAAAAAUUGCUUUCAGCUCAUAUUACAGUGUGCACAAGAAACUAAGCUGGACUUCAGUGUAGUCAGGACUUGGGUUGGCAAUAAAAGAAGAAAGAUGAGCAGCAAGAAUGUUGCAGAAUCUGGAGGCACCCCACCAAGGACUGUUCCUAGCACCCCUACAGUGCCUCCAGAAGUAGCAGUCAGAAAUGUGGUAAACAUUGCUCGAUCCCAAAGCCAGCAGUCUUCUUGGACAUCAUCUAACAAUGAUGUAAUAGUAACUGGUAUAUAUAGCCCAGCUAGUUCAUCCAGCAGGCAGGGAUCCACAAAACAGACUAAUACUUCAAUGACUGAGAUACAUAAAAACUCUAUUCAGAGACCACCUGGAAAAAGUGAUACAGAAUUUCAGCAGCAGCAUAUCCCUGUAGGACGACAAGCACCACAUUGUAAAGGUGCUUCGCUGCUCCUGGGGGAAAAAACUAUUAUUUUGUCAAGACAAACAAGUGUGUUGAAUUCUGCAAACUCCAUAUACAAUCAUACUAAGAAAAAUUAUGGUGGUUCAUCAGUCCAGACUGCAGAGUUGGUGUUACCUCAAAAGCCAAUAAUAUGCCACAGGCCAUGUAAAGCUGAACCAGUGGGGAGUCAAAGAUUACACAAAACAGAACACACAGCCCUUGCAUCACACAUCCCAUCUGGACAAAGAGCCAAUGUUCGAGACCCUUCUUGUAGCACACAAAACUUGGAAAUUCGUGAAGUUUUUUCCUUAGCAGUUACCAAUCAACCUCAAAGAAUUAUGGGAGGAAAUACAACACAGAAGCCUUGUUCAGUCGAAGGCAGUUGCCUGUCCAUUGCAAUGGAAACAGGAGAUGCUGAUGAUGAAUAUGCUAGAGAAGAAGAGCUUGCAUCUAUGGGAGCACAAAUACAAAGUUAUUCAAGAUUUUGUGAAAAUAGCAGUUCCCUUCGAGUGGAGAACCAAAGCACAGCUUUGUCUGGACCAGGCAGAAAUGUGAGCUGCAGUUCACAGAUGGUGAAUGCCAGGGACUUGCCUGACAAUAUAUUAUAUCAUAACAGAGACUAUCGCUUGCCUCCACGGACCUCAUUACAUACACCAUCCAGUACACUGUAUAGUAGUGCUAAUCCAUCAAGAAGUAACUUUUCUCCUCAUUUUACAUCUUCAAAUCAAUUGAGGCUGUCACAAAACCAAAACAACUACCAGAUUUCAGGAAACCUCACUGUGCCUUGGAUUACAGGGUGUUCCAGAAAAAGAGCACUACAGGACCGCACACAGUUUAGUGACCGAGAUUUAGCUACUCUCAAGAAAUACUGGGACAAUGGCAUGACCAGCCUGGGCUCAGUCUGCAGAGAAAAAAUUGAAGCUGUUGCUGCAGAAUUAAAUGUUGACUGUGAAAUAGUGCGGACUUGGAUUGGGAAUCGAAGACGAAAAUAUCGUUUAAUGGGGAUUGAAGUCCCACCCCCUAGAGGAGGCCCUGCUGAUUUCUGUGACCAUUCUGAAUCUGGUGCUAAAUCAGCACUUACUCCAGGAGAGGAAACUGCUACUGAAGUGGGAGAUGAUAAUGAUAGGAAUGAUGAAGUGUCAAUCUGCUUAUCUGAAGGAAGUUCACAAGAAGAAACCAGUGAAGUUAUUCAAAAUGAAGAAAUUGGUCACAAAGAAGAGGACCAAAAUACAUUAUCUGCAGAUAAUGUGAAAAUAGAAAUUAUAGAUGAUGAAGAAAGUGAUAUGAUUAGUAAUUCUGAAGUGGAUCAGAUGAGCUCUCUUUUGGAUUAUAAGAAUGAAGAAGUUAGGUUCAUUGAAAAUGAACUGGAGAAUCACAAACAGAAAUAUUUUGAACUACAGACAUUCACUAGGAGCUUGAUACUUGCUAUUAAAUCAGAUGAUAAAGAACAGCAGCAGGCACUGCUGUCAGAUUUACCUCCUGAAUUAGAAGAGAUGGAUUUCAAUCAUGUAUCUCCAGAGCCUGAUGAUACCUCAUUCAGCUUGUCGUCUUUAUCAGAGAAAAAUGCCUCAGACAGUUUGUGAUCUUUGGAGAAAAAUAAUAUAUAUAUAUAUAUAUAUAUAUACACACAAUCUUAGACUGCCUAACAGGUGUGCAUUUCAAGAUAACUGCAUUUUGUUACCUGAUAUCAUUCAGUCAACAAAAACCUGGGUUAACUAGGCAGACCUUGUUGAAGGUUGAAUGUGAUGUGAUAUGACUGCAACUUGUGGUGACAAGGAAUAUGGAACUUUGUUUUUGGCAAGUGAUAAAGCUACAUGGAAAAAGUUCUAGUUUUUAGCAUCACAGCCUUGAUUAAGGUCAUUUAUAAUUUUCCAGAAUAAUUCUUGCUUUGUAGCAAAAUCUAUUCUGAGCAGGGAUCCAAGAAUGGAAAAUAAAUUGCAGUUACACAGCCAGGUAACAUUUCAGCGUUGCUUGUCAUGUAAUAUUCACCAGUCCUGUUUGUGAUCAUUGCCUUUUCCCUUGCCCCUUCUAACUCAGGUAGGUGGACUGAAAAUUGGGAAUCCAGAUGGAAAAAUGAGCUUGUUAUGGGCAAAUGGGCAGAGUUGUUCUUGGACCCCUGAAAAAAUCUGAAUUAAAAGAUUAAACUAAGGUGCAUAUUGGUAUAUAAGUGCAACUUGUUGAGUCUCCCAUUAUCUCAUAAAAAUGUCUGAAAAACACUUGGAAGACGAAGUGAAUAAAUUUAAUUGGCUUCAAUAAAUUACUAAUGUACAGAAGCAGACCUAAAUGUUGUAAACCAUUAGGCUUUUACUGGAAACUCUUGAUUGCUGGAGAAGGCAACUGUUUCUGGUAUUCUUACUAUAGUGAUGGAAUUAGAUAAUGUUACACCAAUAUUUAGAGUUCUACAGUCAUAGUGAUGUUUUUAUUUCACUUCAUUUUAUAAAACCUGAACAGUAAAGGCUCUGGUUCAUGAAGAUUCAAGAAUCAGCUACAUGGAUUUUCUACAAACUAUACUCUAUUUCAUUGCAACAGUGCUGUCAGCCAAGGACAGUUUUCAUCCCGUCUCCCUCCGAAGCUGUUUUAGUGUUGGAAUCUGGGCCCCACAAAUUUCCUCAGCGUGAUUCAUUGACUAAUUAGCCCAAUUUAAUACAUUGUGUCAUUCCACCAGCAGACUCCAGAUGCUGACAAAGAAUAAAUUUAGCUGAAGUUUCUAAACUGUGUGCCUGAUAGCUUUAGCCACUCUCUGCUAACUUAUCCUUUCUCAGCGCUCAUUCAUACUAAAUCUCACAUCUCAUUUGAAUAAAUACAUUCACCCUGACACAUUCAAAUAAGUUCAGUAUGGUAAACAGUACUGCGGCAUACAGCUAGAACUUGGUAAUUUCUAGUCUGAAUCUUUACAAACUGGCCUCACUAAAACCUUAGGUCACACCAGCUUGAGAGCUAGAUUCUUUCACCCUUACGCUGAAUGGUACCUUAUUCUGUAGUAGUCCCACUGAAAUUAAUGAGACUAUUUACUGUAUAAUGGGAGUAAGGGUUGAACAAUCUGGUCUUUCUAAAUGAAAACAGUCUUAAAUGUCCAAAAAGGAAAAUCAAUGCAGAGCUUGCACCCUCUGUCCAUCUUCUCUCUUAAACUGAAUUCCUGUUCCUAGGUGUUCAACAAACUGCCGUCAGAACUUUUUCUGAGGGACAAAUGUAUUCUAUCAUAAAUAUGGUGUUAAUGUAUUAACUUCCUUCCAGCCCUAAAUCUGACAGUCAUUUCAACCCAGUACUGUGAGAAACAAUCACUGUACUGUAUUUAAAUAUAUUAUACAUUUAAUUUACAUUACUAUACACCCUAAGACAAUAGGUGUGAUUUAUGAUAGGUUUUCUGCUCUGGGUUAUUAACUGUACUUUCUCUAGAUAGGAAGAUCCAGCAACUGACAAUAAACCCUCAUGUUUUCAGGAAGCUUUACUGAAAAAAUUUAAAAUGUGGUGUCUGGCCCUCAUGCUCCAAAACUUGGACCUUAAUUCCCUGUUACUUCUUGACAUGUUAUGACAAAAGGCAGCAUCUUCUUAAAGCUAAUUCUUAAUUUUGUGGUCUAUGAAUCUUUUUGCAAUUUCACCUUUUACACUAGGUUUCAGAGUAGCAGCCGUGUUAGUCUGUAUCCGCAAAAAGAAAAGGAGUACUUGUGGCACCUUA